AAUGCAAAAAAAUACUGGGCGUUUCAAAAUAUCAUAUUACCGGAAAAGUCGAUACCAGAAACAUCAGAACCACAAAAAAUAAGCGCAGUUUGAGAAGUGAAUCGACAUUCAAAUCAUGUUUAUGACAAAAAUUUGUAUUUUCAUAACGAUUACAAUCGUUGUUAUAUCAAUAUUUUCAAAUUAUCUAAAAGUGAUGGUGAGUAGCGAAUGGUGUAUGAAAUCGUCAAAACAAGCACACUCCAGAUUAAAAGACGACGUUUUAUGCGAUUACGAUUUAGAAAUUAGACCGAAAUUAAAUCACACUGUGGCUACGGUGAUUAGUGUUAAAAUGAUUUUAAAAAGUUUCAGCUUUGAUAUGCAUUCACAUUAUCUCUCUCUUAACGCAUGGGCAACAUUUUUUUGGGCUGAUGAUCAUUUACAAUGGGAUCCAGAGGACUAUGAUGGAAUCAAAUCAACUACUUUUCCAGUUGAAUCUCUUUGGAUACCGGACAUAUCACAUUAUAAUAGAUAUGAACAAGAUGGAAAUCAUGAAAUAAUAAGCAAUGUUAAUUGUUACGUGGUGUACAAUGGAAAAGUAGCAUGUGUUAGUCCUGGAAAAUACGAUACUUUAUGCACAGCCGAUUUAAAAUAUUAUCCAUACGAUCGUCAAACGUGUUCGUUCGUAAUAGGAUCGUGGAUGUAUUCAGGAGAAGAAGUUGAUUUGCAAUUUUUCAACGAUCCAAUUAACAUGGAAGAAUUAACACAAAAUCCCGAAUGGAAACUCAUAAAUGUUACUUAUACGCGAAACUCGGGGGAAGAUUCGUGUUGUCCAAAUUCAACGUUUCCAUCGUUAAUUUACACGUUUGUUAUUGAAAGGAGGGGCGAGUUUUUUGAAGCAACCGCUGUUAUACCAGCUUUAGGAUUAAUUUUAAUGACGUUAUUAAUAUUAACUUUAGAGGCUAAAGAAAGCGAAAGAAUAACUUUGAUCGUUUGCGACAUAAUAUCACACAUAAUUUAUUUGCAUUACAUUUCAUGGAAUGUGCCAAGUUUUGGAGAUAAUGUUCCUAAAAUAAUUUUAUUCGGGCGAGAUUCAUUGGUAAUCGUCUUUUUCGUGUUAAUGAUAACCGUAAUUUUACGCAAUAUAACAAAAAGCCCAGAAACAAGUCCCAAUUGGGCUAAUGACUAUAUCAGUAAAGCUUUAGAAAGUCGAUUAGGACAUAUGGUUUUAGUUUUGGAUUUUACAAUGAAGAAUAUUGCAAAAAUUAAACGAGAAGAAGAUGGAGAAAAUAUUGUGGAUAACGUUCAAAGAAACGUUGAAAAAGAUUGCAACCUUUUUGCAAAAUUCGUCGAUCGUUUAUGUGUCGUUUUAAUUUCAUUUACUUAUUUGUUAUUAAUUAUAUUAUUUCUUCUUUAAUUCAUUUCAUUGAGUUUUUUAGGUGUUAUGAAUAUUGAGGUUAUGUUUAUAUUAAGAAUUAUGUCAAUUUUUGACAAAUUUAAUUUUUUCAAACAUUGUUAUCAU